ACUUAGUUAAACGAUUAGUUGAUCGCCAGACGCAGCAAAGUGCAGUGCGCUUAGUAAUAAUCAUGAGGGAUUUGUUUGUUACAUUACUGGGAUUAUUCACCUUGUUUUCAAUAUGUUUGUCAGUGCAUGUCACUGAUUUGGAAGAUGCUUCGCAGGAAUACGAUACUUUUAAUGUGGAGGUAAAGGAGGGGAAAAAAUUGAAACUCUUGUUUCGCCACGGACAGCACAUCUUACGUAACCCGAAGUGGUAUUUCAAUGGACGACCUAUUCCAAGGACACGUUGCACCUCCAAUUACGGAGAACUGCUGUGUCCUGCAGUAACGCGUAACGAUUCCGGACGGUAUGAUCUAUGGAUAGGCGAUGGUACACGCCACAGUCAAACACGUCUGAUGUUCUCCGCAAACGUCCAAGUCGUGAAGAAUGCUGAUUAUGAUUUUAGCGAAGUGAUUCCACAGCGUGACACAGUUCAGGAGGUUGAUACGUUCAGUCAGGACUACGAAAUUUUGAACGAUUGUUUCUGUUCGGGAGUAACGGGCCGAUGUACAAUUGCAACUGAUCUGUAUCGUACAAGGCACAAAUUUAAGCUCUCAAAUGCAAUCCCCGAAAAAACGUUGCUGUUAGAAGGUGAAACAGCUACGGACUACCUGAAAAUACCCUCAUUUGUUUGGAAUGGGAACCUGAUCACAGCCUAUGGAGGUUAUUUACGAUUCCCAGUAACGGAUGAAUGUUACAUCGAUCGAAGCAAACCCUGCAUACUACUGUUCGACAAACGGAACAGACACCGUGCUAUAGGAUUCUUUUUGCCACCGUCACACGACCAGAAACAGGUGCAAGUGCUCAUGAAGGAAACGAACUGGCGACUGGUGCCGGCAUAUUAUGAACGCGGCGAUCGGAUACCAGAAGAUGAGAUUAACAAAUUUAUCUUUAUGAGUACUCUCAGCCACAUAAACGAUGUGUAUAUUCGUGGAAGGUAUAGGAUGCCUGAUGAAAAUAACGUACUCACCAUCGAUAUGGCAACUGUGUACAACGAUGGUUUGGGGAAGGUGACUACUGUCGAGGAUUGUGCCUGUCAUCCUGGGUAUGGUGGAUUGUCGUGUGAACGUUGCAACAAGGGAUAUAUCCGGGUGUAUGAAUCGGUCAACACAGAUGGAAUGUGCUUAAGUAUAUCGGAGCUUUGGAAGUUACAUAAAAACAAGUACUCGUUGGAAUGAUAUAUAUAUAUUCGCAGUCUUCGGGGCAUUUCGUUGUUAAAUAUAUACUCAUACAAUGUAAAAGCAUAUUGAAAACCGAAUAAAGUUAUAUGCAUA